AUGGCCAACGUCUCCAAGAAGGUGUCGUGGUCUGGCCGCGACCUGGACGAUGAGGAGGCGGCGCCGCUGCUGCGGAGGACUGCGCGGCCAGGGGCGCCUCCUGGCGAGGGGACGCCGCUGCUGAACGGCGCGGGGCCCGCGGCCGCCCGCGAGCUACCCCACUCUGCACACUCUGCAUCUUUCCGGAUCGGACAGAUGAGCAACGUGGAGCUGGAUGACGAGCUUCUGGACCCGGGGAUGGACCCGCCCCAGCCCUUUCCCAAGGAGAUCCCCCACAACGAGAAGUUGCUGUCGCUAAAGUAUGAGAGCCUGGACUAUGACAACAGUGAGAACCAGCUGUUUCUGGAAGAGGAGCGGCGCAUCAACCACACAGCCUUCCGGACAGUGGAGAUCAAGCGCUGGGUCAUCUGUGCCCUCAUCGGCAUCCUCACGGGCUUGGUGGCCUGCUUCAUUGACAUCGUGGUGGAGAACCUGGCUGGGCUCAAGUACAGGGUCGUCAAGGACAACAUUGACAAAUUCACAGAAAAAGGGGGCCUGUCCUUCUCCCUCCUGCUGUGGGCAGUGCUGAACUCCGCCUUCGUGCUGGUGGGCUCGCUGAUCGUUGCCUUCGUGGAGCCUGUGGCAGCAGGCAGUGGGAUCCCCCAGAUCAAGUGUUUUCUCAAUGGAGUGAAGAUUCCUCAUGUGGUGCGGCUCAAGACACUGGUGAUCAAGGUGUCAGGGGUGAUCCUGUCUGUGGUGGGCGGCCUGGCUGUAGGAAAGGAAGGGCCCAUGAUCCACUCAGGCUCUGUGAUUGCUGCUGGCAUCUCCCAGGGCCGGUCCACUUCGCUCAAGCGCGACUUCAAGAUCUUUGAGUACUUCCGCAGGGACACAGAGAAGCGCGACUUUGUUUCUGCAGGAGCUGCGGCUGGCGUGUCUGCUGCCUUUGGAGCCCCUGUAGGUGGUGUGCUUUUCAGUUUGGAGGAAGGCGCCUCCUUCUGGAACCAGUUUCUGACCUGGAGGAUUUUCUUUGCCUCCAUGAUCUCCACCUUCACCUUGAACUUCGUGCUUAGCAUCUACCAUGGCAACAUCUGGGACCUCUCCAGCCCAGGCCUCAUCAACUUCGGGAGGUUCGACACUGAGAAAAUGGUCUACACCAUCCAUGAGAUCCCCAUCUUCAUCGCCAUGGGUGUUGUUGGGGGCAUUCUUGGAGCUGUGUUCAAUGCCUUAAACUACUGGCUGACCAUGUUCCGGAUCAGGUACAUCCACCGACCCUGCCUUCAGGUGACUGAGGCUGUGCUGGUGGCUGCUGUCACUGCUACAGUGGCCUUUGUGAUGAUCUACUCCUCCCGUGACUGCCAGCCCCUGCAGGGGAAUGCCAUGUCCUACCCACUUCAGCUCUUCUGUGCAGAUGGCGAGUACAACUCUAUGGCUGCCGCCUUCUUCAACACACCGGAGAAGAGUGUGGUCAGCCUCUUCCAUGACCCCCCAGGCUCCUACAACCCUAUGACGCUUGGCCUCUUCACGCUGGUCUACUUCUUCCUGGCCUGCUGGACCUACGGGCUGACCGUGUCUGCUGGAGUCUUCAUCCCCUCGCUACUCAUCGGUGCUGCCUGGGGCCGCCUCUUUGGCAUCUCCCUGUCCUACCUCACGGGUGCCGCAGUCUGGGCGGAUCCGGGCAAGUACGCCCUGAUGGGAGCUGCUGCCCAGCUUGGAGGCAUCGUACGGAUGACGCUGAGCCUGACGGUCAUCAUGAUGGAAGCCACCAGCAAUGUCACCUACGGCUUCCCCAUCAUGCUGGUCCUCAUGACAUCCAAGAUCGUGGGCGAUGUGUUCAUCGAGGGCCUGUAUGACAUGCACAUCCAGCUGCAGAGUGUGCCCUUCCUACACUGGGAGGCCCCAGUCACCUCACACUCACUCACAGCCAGGGAGGUGAUGAGCACACCUGUCACCUGUCUGAGGAGGACGGAGAAGGUGGGCGUCAUUGUCGACGUCCUCAGUGACCCUGCUUCCAACCACAAUGGCUUCCCUGUGGUGGAUGACGUGGACAACACCCAGCCUGCCCGGCUACAAGGCCUCAUCCUGCGCUCCCAGCUCAUCGUUCUCCUGAAGCAUAAGGUGUUCGUGGAGCGCUCCCACCUGGGCCUGGUGCAGCGCCGGCUGCGGCUCAAGGACUUCCGGGAUGCCUACCCCCGCUUCCCGCCCAUCCAGUCCAUCCACGUGUCCCAGGAUGAGCGCGAGUGUCACAUGGACCUGUCAGAGUUUAUGAACCCAUCCCCCUACACUGUGCCCCAGGAGGCGUCACUGCCAAGGGUCUUCAAACUGUUCCGGGCGCUGGGCCUGAGGCACCUUGUGGUGGUAGACAACCGCAAUCAGGUGGUGGGUCUGGUGACCAGGAAGGACCUCGCCAGGUACCGGCUAGGCAGAGGCGGCCUUGAGGAACUCUCGCUGGCCCAGACGUGA